UAAAAGCUGCGCCUGAUAAGACAUGUAGAGCAAAAGCAGGUGGAGGAUUUCAAAGAGCACCUGAUAUUUGCUUUCUACGAACACUAACUUAAGUGUAUUCCUGAGAGUCAAAGUGCAGUUAGUGAGGGAUUAAGUGGCUAGUUUUAGAAAUGGACACAGUGAGCUGGGUUUUACUUCUCUGCUUGGCUGUUUUAUUUUAUGUUGUUUGUUCGCUGUAUCUGUUACGCUAUCCAUUGAUACUUCAUAAGAGGAAACGACUGGGAUUCUACUGCAGACACAUUUCGCACAGAGGAGGCUCUGGAGAGAAGAUAGAAAACACAAUGGAGGCGUUUACACACGCUGUAUCUGUGGGCACUGAGAUGCUGGAGAUGGACUGUCAUCUCACACUUGACGGAUAUGUUGUAGUAUCGCAUGAUAACAACCUUCUGAGACAAACAGGCGACGACAAAACUGUGUCGUCUCUGAAAUUCCAGGAUUUGCCUCUCUAUGAAGAGAAACUCGAGGUCACUUUUUAUGUGGGACACUACAGCACAGGGAAGGACAGGAGGUUUGUGUUGCUGGAAAACGUCUUGAAGAAUUUCCCUGACAUGCCAAUGACGCUCGAGAUCAAAGAAAACAACGACUUGCUUAUUAAAAAGGUCUCUAAUCUUGUGCAUAAAUACAGCAGAGAACACAUUACUGUCUGGGCAUCUGAAGAGUCUGAAGUCAUGGCUAAAUGUCAGAAGCAGAACCCGUCCAUGCCCUAUAUGUUCACAGUGAGGCGUGGAAUAAUGCUUUUAUUGCUCUUCUACACUGGACUCCUUCCCUUUGUGCCUCUGGGUGAAAGUGUGCUGAUGUUUUACCUGCCUAGAAUCAUCAACAGGACGUAUAUUCCAGAGGAAGCGUAUCUGAAGAAAAGAUUUGUUGUGUAUCUGCUUCAGAAGUUGACCAUGCGGAAAUCUUUGUUUGAACACUUGAUCAAACGGGGCCUGCAGGUGCAGCUGUUUGUGUGUAAUGAAGAGACUGAUAUGGCAGCUGCGUUUGCAAUGGGAGCAACAGGAGUAAUGACCGACUAUCCGACCGUCCUGUCUGACUACAUCAGAAAACACCCUCCACCUCCUGCCGUUUACUAGAGAUUACAAAGACCACGGAGAACACUGCCUUAGUAGUAGAUAAUUAAAUGCAUCUUUAAAGGGAUAGUUUACACACAGACACACACAAAAUAACAUUUACUCAGGUUUUUUUUUCUGUUGAACCAAAAGAAGAUAUUGUGAAGAAUGUUCGGUUUCCAUUGACUUCCAUAGUAAGAAAAUGAAGGUUACAAUGGAAGUCAAUGUGUAUCAGUUUCCAACAUUCUAAUAUAUUCAAAAUAUCUUCUUGUUGAACCAAAAGGAAGAUAUUUUGAAGAAUGUUUCAAAUCAGUAGCCAUUGACUUCCAUAGUAGGAAAAAGAUACUUUGAAAAUCAAUGGCUAUUGAUUUUCGACAUUCUUCACAAUAUCUUCCUUUUAAAUCAAAAAGAAGAUAUUUUAAAGAAUGUCGUGAAACGGCAGCCAUUGACUCCCAUAGAAGGAAAAAAGAUACUAUGGAAGUCAAUGGGUAUAAGUUUCAGGCAUUCUUCAAAAUAUCUUCAUGUUGAACCAAGGGGAAGAUAUUUUGAAGAAUGUUGUAAAUCGGUACCCACUGACUUCCAUAGAAGGGAAAAAAAAGAUAGUAUGGAAGUCAAUGGCUAUCGGUUUACAACAUUCUUCAAAAUAUCUUACUGUUGAACAAAAAACGGUACCCAUUGACUUCCAUGUUAGGAAAAAAAAGACAGUAUGGAAGCAAAUGGCUAUCGGUUUACAACAUUCUUCAAAAUAUCUUCCUGUUAAACAAAAAACGGUACCCAUUGACUUCCAUGUUAGGAAAAAAAAGAUAGUAUGGAAGUCAAUGGCCAUCGGUUUACAACAUUCUUCAAAAUAUCUUCCUGUUGAACAAAAAAACGGUACCCAUUGACUUCCAUGAUAGGAAAAAAAAGAUAGUAUGGAAGUCAAUGGCUAUCGGUUUCCAGUAUUCUUCAAAAUAUCUUCCUGUUAAACCAAAAGAAAGACAUUUUGAAGAAUGUUGCAAACCGAAAGCCAUUGACUUCUAUAGUAGGAAAAAAAGAUACUAUGGAAGUCAGUGGCUAUCAAUUUACAACAUUCUUCAAAAUAUCUUCCUGUUAAACCAAAAGAAAGACAUUUUGAAGAAUGUUGCAAACGGAAAGCCAUUAACUUCCAUAGUAGGAAAAAAAAGAUACUAUGGAAGUCAAUGGCUAUCAAUUUACAACAUUCUUCAAAAUAUCUUCCUGUUGAACCAAAAAGAAGAUCUUGCAAAUGAGUAGACACUGACUUUCAUAAUAGGAAUAAAAAGACAUUAUGGAAGUCAAUGGCUAUCCGUUUCUGACAUUCUUCAAAAUAUCUUCCUGUUAAAGCCGAAGGGAAGAUAUUUUGAAGAAUGUUGCAAACCAGCAGCCACCGACUUCUACAGUAAGAAAAAAAGAUGGUAUGGGAGUCAGUGGCUAUCAAUUCACAACAUUCUUCAAAAUAUCUUCCUGUAGAACCAAAAAGAAGAUCUUGCAAAUGAGUAGACACCGACUUUCAUAAUAGGAAUAAAAAGACAUUAUGGAAGUCAAUGGCUAUCCGUUUCUGACAUUCUUCAAAAUAUCUUCCUGUUAAAGCCGAAGGGAAGACAUUUUGAAGAAUGUUGCAAACCAGUAGCCACCGACUUCUACAGUAAGAAAAAAAGAUGGUAUAGAAGUCAGUGGCUAUCAAUUUUCAACAUUUUUCGAAAUAUCUUUCGUGUUUAACAGAAGACAAAACCUAAAACAGGUUUGUGGCAAGUGAAGGAUGAGUAAAUGAUUUACAAUUUUGUGUGAACUGUCCCUUUAAAUAUGAGUUUUCGCUGACCUCUGCUCUAUGACCCAUGAAUUCCCUGCAAAGUGCUUUCUAUCUAUAUAUGUAGCACUAUAUAUGUCUUUUUGACAUAUAUAUUUCCCUUCUAUAAAAACACUCCAGAAAACAUCGCUGAUUGGGAUUCAGAGAGAAAGGGGAGAGAAAACUGGGAAAAAGCCAUCCAUUUGUUGUUAAAUGUUAAAUGUUUUUAGGCUCCAAACUGAUUUAUCAUAUUUAAUGCAUGCCAACUUGCGUUUGCUAAAAGCUGAUGUCCGGAUAAUGAUGUAAUCUUAAAACUGCUUCAGUCCAUCAAGCGUUUAUCCUUAUCUUCUGUUAACUUAUUACUUGUGUUUCAGUUUAAAAAUCAAACUAAUUUUGUACACAACAUUUUCAAUAAAGACAAACCAAUGUAUACGAUCUCCUA